AUGCGUUCAUUCAUUACUCCGCUUCUGCUGUCAUUAGCAGCGGCUACUCCUCUCGUGACUGAGAACGCCCGCAGUCUCAGCCAAUUGAAACAGCUCGAAUGCCAGGUCAUCUCCGUUGUCGUUAAUGCUCUCCAUGGCGCACCAACUGCAACGUCCUUUUGUUCAUCACUACUCAAGAUUCCGACUGCUACCGUCUCAAAGACGUCGACGACUACCUCGACUUCAGUUGCAAACACGAUAUUAUCUCAGACUAUAACGGCCACCACAGUGGUUACUUCUGUUCUAAGUGUUACCACCGGAACAACUACUCUCACAGCUGACACAGUGACGCAAACAACCACUGCUUUUGUCACUGUACCUGGCGCCUGUGGCGCAAUCGUGAAAAGGACUGCCAAAGUCAUCUCCAGCGCUACAAGUAACCCUGCUUCUCCAGCUAGCUGUGGCAACGCACCUCCAGGUCUCAAGCAGUUUGCUUGCUCGCAGGUUUCGAAAGCAUGCAGUUGCCUUGCUAUCCCCACACCUACAACCACUGUUAUUGUACUUAGCACAGCUUCUGCUGUGACCGUAUCGACCUCAAUCGACCUUGUCACUGUUCCCGCAACCAUUACAUCAACAGUGACAGAGGCGAUCCUUGCCACUACUUUUACCACUCCAACAACAGUUGUUACUGCGACUGUAACGUCAGUAACAGUACCAGACACUGCGACUGAUCCGAACAACUGUGGCGCUUGUGGGAAUGUUUGUGCAAGUGGUAGUUGCGCGAAGGGCUUGUGUACAACUCCUUCAUGCGCAGGUUCUAGCUGCUCUAAAUACAUAUACUGCGGCAGUAGCUGCGUCUGCGGCUCUCUCAACAAUGGGGGCGGCCUCUGCAUUCCAGGAACUACUUCAUGCUCAAGCCCAGCUUGUAGUAUAGACUCAGACUGCGCGGCUAAUCAGCUGUGCGUGAUAAGCACAUGCUGUCGAGGUGGAGGCGGUAUUUGCGUGACUGCAGCCAGCAGCUGCAAUAACCCAGCUACGCCUAAGAUGUUAUUUGCUCGAAGACCUGCUGGUGGGAAUACAGUUAUGGGAUAG